UUUUUUUUACAAAGAAACAGCGCUCAAAGCAUUUGGGCUUUUAAUAACCUGAUGGUGUUUUCACCUGAGGGAGAGAGGGGGGGAGAGGACAGCACAUCAGCUCAAAUCCCAUAUUAUCUCCCUCUGUUUUGGAGAAUGCCAUCGUCUGAUUGGUCAGCAACAGAUUCGCAGUCAUUCUAUAGUUGCGUGCCGUGUGAGAGAGGGAGGAGGCAAUACUUUGUCCUCACUCUCUGCUCACUUUCUCUGUGCAUCGGAUGAAGGCACACUGUCGGCUGCGGUGAGAGGGAUUUGUUGUGUUGUGGCCAGUGAUGGUAUUUGACAUUUGAAUGCGUUGUAUGAAACAGGUGAUUUCGUUCGUUUAUCACAGGUCUUAUUUCUUUCAUUAUGGAAAGUUAGUGAAAAUUAGAGGGUUCUUGUUUUGCAGUGAGGAGAGGUUUUAUUUACUUGUUGUGAGCAUUUGUAGCGUGGUUGUGUUUAUGCAAUGCUUUUUUUUUGGUAAUAAAAGGGAAUAUUGGCCAGUGCAGAACAUUUUAACUGCUACGUAGAGAUUUUGUCUGUUUGGCCUUCUGUUUAUUGCUGGAUCAUAGGUAACAAAAACUAAACAAGAUGUACUUCUUUUAUUUUAAAUCAUUCAAAAUGUCACAACUUCUGAAAAGGUCAUGAUUCAUUGUGUUCAAAGUUUCACAUUGUCAGCGGGGAAAGAAGUGACUUUGCUGUUGAGUCAUAGCAGUCACUUCUUGUUUUCUUUCUUUACUAGCCCUUGUGGAGCCUCUUUAUGAUUAUUCCCUAUUUUUGUUCAUUGCCUCUACUGUAGAUAAGCGGUCAGCUGGCAGCUGGUGGGCAGAGACAGUCUGGGGCUCAGGCUGGCUUUUAGAGAACACACGGAGCACAAAGACACAGAUUUUCAGUCUGCUUUGGUGAACCUGCACACUUGGUCUUUCUUUGUGUGUUUUUUGUUCUCUCUGGCGGCAGUCUUCAGAGUGUGGGAGGAAAUAUGUUUGAAUCCUGACAGUGGAUCUCAAGUCCCUCUGCUGACUGUUUAUGUGCAGUAGCUCAGCUUUCAUAAGAGCACCUUCUGGGCGGAGCUAGCGAUGGGAACUGCUACAUUGCUGGAAUGUUUUGCUUGCUCUCAGCGAACACGUUGGCUGCCACACCCUCUUCGCCUUAUGAGGCCUUUCCAACCAAUCCGCUGUUACCCUGAGACAGCACCACCUCACUUUCAAUUCCCUCGCAUCAACGGUCACUCUAAAUCAGAGCGCACUGCAAGGGACUCGGCCAUGGGUUACGACAGCGCCUCUGUAAUGAGCAGUGAGCUGGAAUCCAGCUCAUUUGUUGACAGCGAGGAAGAUGAGGAUGCUAGCAGACUCAGUAGUUCCACAGAACAGAGUUCUUCAUCACAGUUGAUGCGCAGACACAAGCGGCGCAGACGGAGACACAAAGUGGCCAAGAUAGACCGGUCUUCGUCCUUCAGCAGCAUCACAGACUCCACUAUGAGCCUCAACAUCAUCACCGUCACGCUCAACAUGGAGAAAUACAACUUUCUGGGUAUCAGUAUUGUUGGUCAGAGUAAUGACCGGGGAGACGGUGGCAUUUACAUCGGCUCCAUCAUGAAGGGAGGAGCUGUAGCUGCUGAUGGCAGAAUAGAACCUGGAGACAUGCUCCUCCAGGUGAAUGACGUAAACUUUGAGAACAUGAGCAAUGACGACGCUGUGCGGAUCCUAAGAGAGAUUGUUUCCAAAACUGGUCCUAUUAGUCUUACUGUUGCCAAAUGUUGGGACCCAUCUCCAAGAAGCUACUUCACCAUCCCUCGUGCUGAACCAGUGCGACCUAUUGACCCUGCCGCCUGGAUUUCUCACACCACAGCCCUGACAGGACCUUACCCACACUACGAGUUUGAUGACUUGCCUCUGUCUGCCAGUAAAACAGACAUGGCAACUAUCGUCAAGGUGAUGCAGUUGCCUGACUCUGGCCUCGAGAUUAGAGACAGGAUGUGGCUGAAGAUCACAAUUGCAAAUGCUGUCAUAGGUGCUGACGUGGUAGACUGGCUAUACUCCAGGGUGGAAGGAUUCAAGGAUCGGCGGGAUGCGAGGAAGUACGCAAGCAGUCUGUUGAAACACGGCUACCUGAGACACACUGUCAACAAAAUCACCUUCUCCGAACAGUGCUACUACACCUUUGGGGACCUCUGCCAAAACAUGGCAUCGCUCAAUUUAAAUGAGGGAUCCAGUGGUGGAGGCUCUGAGCAAGACACUUUGGCACCGCUACCUCCCACCAGCAACCCCUGGCCUCUGGGCGGGCAGCCAUUCCCCUACCCUCCUUUCCCCUCCGCACCACCCAGCUUUCCACCAGGAUACUCAGACCCAUGCCACAGUUUCCACAGUGGGAGCGCAGGCAGCCAGCACAGCGAGGGAAGCCGAAGCAGUGGAUCCAACCCCAGCGCGGGCAAAGGGAGACGCUCCUCCCCACAGGAGAAGGGUCAAAGGUCAACAUGCAGCGAAUCUGAGCCAGGCGUCCGUGGAGGGAGGCGCGGUGAUAGGUCCGCCAGCCAAAUGAGCCAUCACAGCCACGCCGUUUCCAGUCACAGUCACGCCCGAUCCGGUCUCAGCCACAGUCAUUCUCACCGGAGCCACACUCUCUCACAGAACAACCACCCCCCCUUCACCUACAGCCACGCCCCCUUUACCCAAGCAGGGCCAGGCUCCUGUGCCCAGAGCGAGCGAAGCCAUGCCUCCUCCUACGGCCCCCCGGGCUUGCCUCCCCCUUAUUGUCUGGCCCGUCUGGCCCCCAAGACCCCGGUCAGCAGUAGCACGCCGCCCGGAGCCCCUCCUGGGAGAGAGUUAGCAGCCGUUCCUCCUGAGCUCACCGCCAGUCGCCAGUCCUUCCAGCAUGCUAUGGGCAAUCCCUGUGAGUUCUUUGUUGACAUCAUGUGACAGGACAGUGCCUUUAAAACUCAGUGAGCACAAAACGAUUCUCCCUGAACCCACUCACCGCCUUCUCUCUCUCCUCUUAGUCUUUUGACCGUCUCUAAGGUCAGAAUGUAGACACUGACUGGCCCUCCCCACAGCCCCCUGCUAUCUGUCUAUCCCUCUGAUGUCCAAGCAAAGGAAUACAGGCAGCAAGAGCACAACAGGAGGAGUUCUCUCUCCACACAAGCACGGGUCCUCUGGCUGAAAACCCUCUUUUGUAUUGACGUGACGUGUACAGUUUGUGAAACGUGAGUGGUAUUCAGUGUGGUGAUUUCUUUAAAGCUGCCACGCAGACAUUCUCGGGAGUGUGUACCCUACCUAGGAUAUUUUCUGUUCUGCAAGACCUUUAAGCUGGCUGGGCCUGGAUCUCAAUCCCCCAGACCCAGACCGAACUUGGGAAAUUUUUUCUGGGCCUAGAACUUGGACUGGAUUUCCUGGCUCAUAUUUGUGUGUACUGACAAAAUUUAGCAUGUUACACCAAACCUCUGGCCUAAUUACCCUUACGCUGUGGCAUUGCCACAAGCUUAUUUAAGCUCUUACCUGCCAACUACUAAAAUGCUAACCUUGAUCAGUUCAUGAUCCGUGGAUUUCUUCAACUUCACAAGGGAGGCCCUGUAGCCAGCCAUUAGUUUAACUAGGCUGCAUAUUGCAUGACUGUCUCAACUGCUUUAAAAAAAAUUAUUAAUUAAUUUUGUUGAAAGUAUUACCAUUAUUGGGGGAGGAGGUUCCCUCUUGCCAAUGUUCUAAAGGAAGAAUCCGUACACUGGACGAUUUUUGUGAUGUUAUUUAUGUGAUCAUGUUGCAUUGAUGGUGUCAUACUUUGUCUACUACAGCUGACUAACAGACAAUCAGACAUCACCCUUUGUGAAUCAGUGGCCAGUUUCCACUGUUCUAGCUGUGCUUUGUCGAAUGUAUCAUUAUUGCUGUCAGUGACUGAACCCUGACACUCAUAACACUUUGUUUUAAACUCAUUUAAGUAAGCAAAUCAACAGGAUUGCAAACAGUGGACACCCACCACGGCUGUGACGCAAAUUAUGAAGGGUUGACGAGAUAAACGUGAGCGCAUCACGGAUGUGUCUUUCUAGGCGAGUGUGAGCUUCGAUAAAAGUCAGUGCGAUAAAAGCCAAAGCCU